AUGGAGGAGUCACUACUGCGGGACGAGGUGCAGCCGACAGAGCAGGCUCUGCCAUGGUAAAAAUCCGAUGAAUUAUCGAAACCGCAAGCGCUAACCAUGCGACAGCGACGGACUGGACGGUCCAGCAGACGCAGCGCGCAACCCUGCGGCUGAAGUCUUCGCCAUUGCAGAGCUACUCGAAGACAUUUUGCUCUACCUUGACAUGUUCCACCUGUUCGUUAUUCAGCGCACUUGCAAGGCCUUUAGCUAUACGAUGCGCGAUUCGUUCCGCUUGCGACGCCAUAUGUGGCUCGAGGCCAAGCCCUCGCCAGGAGGUGUAUGGACUUACCCCAGGAAGUUCAAUCCUUUUCUGAUGAGUGCGCUGUUCUCGCCACUUGUGCACACCAAAAAAUCCAUGGACCCAAAUAGCGGCUUCUCUCUUCAGGAUAAGACCCGUGGUCUUCUGAUGAUACAUUUCAACUUCAAGAUCCAUCCUGGUCUUCUGAAGGGCAAACGCACUCUGCAGGGUGGCAAUCCUCAAGUUCCACUACACGUGAGAACCAUCGAGUCCUGGCAGCGUAUGGUCCCUACGCAACCCGCUCUGGACUUCGUCGCUGUGAAGCUAUCGAAGCCUCAAGAUUUCCCGAGCUGGGUGGAGACCGAGACUUGGAAGGCUCUGUUUCGGGACGAGAGACGCCGCGGGGAGAGGUUCACCUUGGGGCACAUGUAUGACAUCCUGGAGGGCAGAUACCGGAAGUACAGCGAGCUCAUGUAUGGGAGAGGAUGGAAGGCGCAAGGUGGGCCUGUAGAGCGUGAGCGUAAGGAGAAGGCUGAAAAGAAACUGGCUGGAGCUCGUUGA